AUGGCUGAGCCCAGGCCCACACGGACGUCAAAGACCGCCUCGGCAUCAAAGUCAGCAUCGAAGCCAGCAUCAGCCUCGAAGUCCUCGUCCUCCUCCGCCAAGUCAAAGUCAAAGACGUCCAAGAGCGACGAGUCCAAGGUCCACAAGCUCGCGCUGAAGGGCUCCUCGAAGAUCGUCAACGAAUUCUUCGAGUACUCGAUCAACACCAUCCUGUUCCAGCGAGGCGUCUACCCUGCCGAAGACUUCACCGCGGUCAAGAAGUAUGGACUAACCAUGAUGGUGACCGCCGAUGACCAAGUCAAGGCGUACAUCAAGAAGAUCAUGUCGCAGCUCAAGGAGUGGAUGUACGGCGGCAAGAUCACCAAGCUUGUCGUGGUCGUCACCAGCAAAGAGACCGGCGAGCAUGUUGAGCGAUGGCAGUUUGACGUCCAGAUCUUCGGUAAGAACGCGAGAACCAAAUCGUCCAAGGCUACGACAGAUCAAGAAAACUCUGUUCCCGAGAAUAGCGAGGUUCCGGAAGAGAAGACUGAGGCGGAGAUCCAAGCGGAGAUCCAGUCGGUCUUCCGCCAGAUCACUGCCUCGGUCACGUUCCUGCCGAUGCUCGAUGGCAAUUGCACGUUCAACGUGCUCGUGUACGCCGAUGCAGACUCAGACGUGCCGCUUGAGUGGGGCGACAGCGACGCCAAAGAGAUCAAGAACGGCGAAAAGGUGCAAUUGAGAAGCUUUAGCUCGAGCAACCACCGAGUAGAUACGCUAGUGAGCUACAGGCUUGGCGAUUAG